GGAGGUGGUGAAGAAGGCGGGAGCGGCCCAAAACUCUGCUUCCCAGAAGCCUUCGCUCGGCAGGAUGCCGGCCGGCCAAUGGCAGCUUCCGGCGCGGCGGCUUCUGGGAGUUGUCGUUUCCUUGCCGUGCUUUUGCGCUGAGGAAGGAGGGGGAGGGAGAAGUUCCCCCUUCUGCUUCCACGGUGGCCGCCAUUACCCGAGGCCGAGGGCGGGCGGGCGUAAGCGGCCUUGUGACGGGGAGCGGCAGCGGGAGCCCGUCCCGCUCGGGCCUCCUUGGCCUGCCUUCCGGCGGGCGGCGGCGUUGCCAUGACGACCGCUGCGGCCUAGCGGGCUUCACGCUCAAGGAGCGCGGCCUAGUGCGGCGGGCGCAGCCUCGGCCUCGCGUAACACCAGCCUCGGCCCGGCGCCAUGUCUUUGGUGGCCUACGCCAGUAGCGAGGAGGAGGAGGCGGCGAGUGACGCAGCCGAGGAAGAAGAUGAAGAAGAGGAGGAGGAGGAGGAGGAAGAAGAAGAAGAGCCGGACGAGGACGCAGGAGGGGAGUCGGGCAGGCGAGGAGGAGGAGGAGGGGGGCGAGGGCUCUUCUCCGCCCUGCCGCCGCCCAAGGCCGGCUUCGCCUCGGCCCUGCCGCCGCUCAAGGCGGGCUUUCCUCCCCCCCUGGCCCCGUCGCCGCCGCCGCCGCCUCCCGGCGAGGCCUCUCGGCUCGGGGCCCUCCUGCCGCCUCCCCUCCUCGCUCCCCUUCCCUCUGCUGCCCACCGGCACGCCGCCGCCUUCCCGCCUCCGCCUCCUCCCGCCGCCACCCCGUCCGAGCCCGGCCUCCCCUCCAAGCCCAAGAAGAGGACGCAGCCCGUCCGGAUCGCCGCGCCUCAGCUGCCCUCGGGGGACUCGGACUCGGAGGAAGAUGAGCCGGCGAAGAAGCAGCUUGCCUUCCAGGGCCACAGCGAGGGGUCUGGAUUGUCUGCUCUGCUUCCUCAGCCCAAAAACUUGACUGUGAAAGAGACAAACCGGCGGCUCCUGCCCUACGCUUUCUCCAGGAAAGCAGCUGAGAGCGCCCCGGAGGCCAAAGGCCCGGCAGCUGCUGCGGCGACUGCCUCCAAGCCAAAGCCAGCGCUCAAGGCCGCCUCUGCCGUGACGACCACUCCUUCCCCAUCCGCCAUCAAGGCAGCGGCCAAGAGCGCCGCCCUGCAGGUGACUAAGCAGAUCACCCAGGAGGAGAACGACAGCGACGAGGAGGUGACCCCCGAGAACUACUUCUCUUUGCCCAGUCGGAGCGAGCCGCCGCCGCCCCCCCGGAGCCCCGAGGGUUACAUGUUCUCUGGCCCGGUGCUGCUGGACGACCUGCCCCCCGGGACAGAGCCGGGGCCUGAGCCCGAAGGCCAGGACGCUGCCACCGCCAAUGCCCCGCUGGAAUUCAAGACGGCACCAGGUUCGAGCUCUGCUCCGCAUGGCUGGGCACCGAAGCCCGGGGAAGACUACGGAAGCCAGCCCUACUCUCCGUAUCCUGGCUACAGCAACGCGGGCGGCACCGGUGCUUAUUACCAGCAGGAAUACUACGGCAGCGGCGGUAGCGGCUACUACCAGGAAAGCGACCUGGCACUGGGGCCGCCCCAGGGGAUGAGCAGCGAUGCUGCCGCUGCCCCUGCCACGGCCUCCUUCAUGGACGAUGAAGCGUUCAAGCGUCUCCAAGGCAAGCGGAACCGUGGGCGGGAGGAGAUCAACUUUGUGGAGAUCAAGGGGGACGACCAGCUAAGCGGCGCACAGCAAUGGCUGACCAAGUCCUUGACGGAGGAGCAGAACAUGAAGUCAUUCAGCAAGAAAAAGGGGGAGCAGCCCACAGGGCAGCAGCGGAGGAAACACCAGAUCACGUACCUGAUUCACCAGGCGAAAGAACGAGAGCUGGAGCUGAAGAACACCUGGGCUGAAAAUAAGCUCAGUAGGCGUCAGACGCAGGCAAAGUAUGGCUUUUAGGGCCCCUCCUCUCCCUCCUCCUGCCCCUGUGGCUGGCCAGCCUAGGCAGUCUGCAAGGCCCCAGCCCCUGUGGGGCACAGAGAGGCGGCAGUGGCAGUGUUGACACUCAGCUCGGAGCGGUCUGUCUGGGCGUAGCCAACGCUGCUGGCUUGGCGAGGGGUGUUUGGCAGGGCGCAGCUGGAGGAGGCCGAGGGACCCGUCCUGCUCAAGUCCGUGAACGUGGCACCCUGUGGGCCCACCGCCUGGCCUGGCUCUCCUCUGACGCUUUCCCUUCCCGGUAGCCACCAGAACCCGGAUGACGCCUGACUCGGGCUGGACGCCAGCGUUGCUCCCUGCCUCCUGCCCCCCCUGGAACUGUCCGUCUGGUUUGGGGCGGGAGGCGCCGCUUGAUAGUCCAGGCAGCCCCAGCUUCCCUGGUCGUGGCAAUUCUCCUUUGGGUGGGGGCAGGCAUUGCCCCGAGUGCUCUGGCUAGUUGCUCCCUGUUCCCAGUUCUUUUGAAGCAUUUGUGUCUCUGUGUGUUCCAUCCCGUGCCUCUCUUCUCCUCCCUGCCCCCCCACGCCCCAUAUCGAGGAAAGUUCUCGUUUUCAUGGAUUAGUGGCGGCGGCAGCUCCGUUCUCGUCUGAAAGCUGUUUGGACGGCAUCCCUGGUCUCCAUUCCUAAACAACAGUGUUCAGGAUUUCAGUGCAAAAUGCUACUGGAAGUUAACCUACGUGUCCCCCUCACCCUCUCCGCCCCCCACCCUGCCCCCCGUGAAGCCAUAAGGACCCAGCACUGUUCAGAAGACUUGGGUUGAGCGCUUGUGGAAUCCAUGUGCUUCCAGGAGACCCAUUGCUGCGCAGGCUGUUGCAGCUGACGGCGAACGGAUCUUGGCCCAACUUUGGCAGCCCCUUUGCUCUACCCUUCCAACCAAAAAGCAAAAGUUGCCUCGCCUGUGAAUUUACCUUUCUUGGCUCAAAUUGGAGUGUCUCUAAAGGGGGGGGAGACGUCCCCCCUUGUAACUGUGUUGUGUUUCCUCUGUAGCCGCUCCCCCCACCCUUCCAAUUCAGUAUGAGAGGGGCCUCCCCGAGGGAAGCACAGGCUGGAGCUAGGGGACCCUCCCGUGCCCCCCCCGAAAGCCCCCUCGGCCUGCCCUCCUGCUCACAUGUCCCGUUCCCCCCCCCCCCCCCUUGGGUUGCUGUUCUCACCACGGUUCAGAUUGCAGCCGUCUCUUUUUGGAGGAUGCCACCCUUGCUGCAAAGUUGAUGGGUGAAUUGUGUCUGUAUUUAGGGUUGGUUUUUUGUUUUGUUUUUCUAAAUCUAGUUUAUUUCCCUGGAUAUUUUAGUACUUAGGAAAGCCUCCUCUUCUUCUUUGGAAUAUUCCAAAAUAAAGCUCUCAUUCAGUAAUUUAUUCGCAUUUUAUGAAAUUGUCUGGAACGAGAUUUUAUAAAGGAAUAAAACUUUUAAAUGAACUUGUAA